GCAGCGCUUUCCUAUCGUGGCAAGUGUCUCUGCAGCACGGCGGUGCAGCAUGCUAGAUCCUGAGGGCAGUGUGGAGCACCAGCCUUCCUCUUCCUUCCCCAAAGUUCUCCUCAUCCCUCUAGCCAUGCUCCUUGCAAUUGCAGCACUCCUGCUCUUAGCAUUUUCCGCUACGCAGCAGAAAGAGCCUGAUUUUUACACUUUCAAAGUUGUAAACAUCAGGGGCAAACUAGUCUCUCUGGAGAAAUACAGGGGCUCGGUGUCGCUAGUUGUCAACGUUGCGAGUGAGUGUGGGUAUACAGACAGCCACUACAAGGCCUUACAACAGUUACAGAGAGACCUUGGCCCAUAUCAUUUCAAUGUGCUGGCAUUCCCAUGCAAUCAGUUUGGGCAGCAAGAACCAGACACCAACAAAGAGAUUGAGAGUUUUGCACGAAAGACUUAUGGUGCCUCCUUUCCUAUGUUCAGCAAAAUUGCAGUCAGCGGAGCCGGUGCAAUUCCUGCCUUCAAGUACUUAAUUGAUUCUACAGGAGAAGAACCAACCUGGAACUUCUGGAAAUACCUGGUGGACCCCAAUGGGAAAGUAGUAAAGGCCUGGGACUCUACUGUCUCUAUUGAAGAAAUAAGACCUUAUGUUACAGAACUUGUAAGGAAAAUCAUCCUGAAGAAAAAGGAUGAAUUAUGACUUUCAAAAAUCCCAGCAUGCCAACUACAUCUUUAUUGAGAAUUAGAGCUGGAGUUUGUCUUUUCACAUUCCAAAACAGAGGAUAUGGGGAAGGGGAAUCAUCCUAAGAAUGUAGAAAACAGCAAGUUAUCAUGGUCAAAGUAAAUGUUUUUCGCCAGUUGAAUUAAAUUUGACCUUUCCGGGAAAGAACAACUCAUCAGCAAUUGUUUCUUUCCCAAUUCAAAUCGUUAAUUGCUGGCAAUACUAUAGGAAGUCAGUUCAUGUAUCUGUAGGAAGAAGGCUCAGAAUAAUGAGAAUUUUCUGAUUGGGGUCUCACUGACAUCUACAAUAAUGUUGUCAUAUUUUGAUCACAAACUGAAUGAAAAAAUAAAGAGUAAAAAGUACACGAUUGAAUUCAUGUGCUAGGAAGAGGGCCAAAACAUACCUUCAAAUCAGGCAGACUUACAUAGAUAAAUGUCCUUCUAGUUACCAAGGCCAAACAUACUUAAUUUCAUCUGCUUAGAAAGUCAGUUAAAAAGGGCAUGGGGAAAAGACAUCUAUAAAACUUAAAUGAAAGAAAUGUGAAGACAAGGUCUCUGUAAAAAUUCUCCAAAAGCUAUGAGAAGAAUUUAUGCAUUUUUUCACCGAGUAAAGAUUAUCACACGGUAGUUAAAAAGCCAUUUGAACAUCUGUAGGACCAGAGCCUAUAGGAAAUGUCUAUUUCUUUCUUCUGUUAGCAUUUUGCCUUAAAAGAAUUACUCUCGCCUCAUAAAAUUGAUGUUAAAUUUAUUUUUCAAUUUAUAACACCAUCUGAUUUUUCUGCAUGUACAGACAAACAUUAGAGAAUCAAAAUUUUUCCACAAAAAUAAUUUUUCAAAUGUUUAAUUGUUGCAUAAUUUUGCAUUGUUUAAUACUACAUUAACGUUACAAAUGUUUAAUGGCACCUUUUUCAUAUGUAGUACUCAGGCACCUGCUCAGAUUUCAGACUGCAGAACUUCUUAGCUCAUACUAAAAUAGUAACACUAACAAUUACAGCCUCAUUGUUCUUUGACAGAAACCCUUUGAAAAUCUUGUCAGCAAGAACUCUUUUUAUCUCAACAAAACCACAAUGAACAGGUCCCCUGCUCUUAACCCCGGGAUGCUUUAAGAAGAAUCUACUCUUGUCCAAUUGGAGUAUUAUUGACAAGUGAAAGCUUUUUUUUGCUUUGUAAUGCUUUUUAAAGUAGCACAAACAAUAUUUGCCCAUAUAGUUGUCAGCGCCCAAGUGUAUGAGUAAGCCUUAAUUGACCUGACCAUGGUAAGAACUUUUUCCAACUCAUGACUGCCAUUAUAGCUCUUCAGUAUCCAAAUAGGCUCUAGUUGAAAUCAAAGGCAAAUAUUAUGGUGUGCACUGGCUUGCAGAACAAAAAGGGAAAGAAGAGUACUGAAGAAAUAUCAGAAAUAAAAGGGUUGAUCCUAGCAUACAUUAUAGUUCCUGUGCUUGAACAGCUGCUGUCUCCUGAAGUCUUGGACUCGUUCUAUGGAGCUGUCUAAGGAAGUAAGAGCUAGAGGUACUUUAGGGUUUGCAGAAAAACCCUGAAGGGCAGUAACAGAAGUACAAAAGCAAAAAGAGAGUUCAAGUAAGUAGGUAGAAAUAAGAAGGAAAACAAAAUACAGGUUGCAGUCAAAGAAUCUUUGGGACAAACAGGGCACGGAUAUGUUCAUCUCGUAUUGAUACUAAUGAGUAUGUUCCAAGCUAUAUCAGCUACUUCUUAGUUGGAGUGUAACUUAAGAGUGAAGGAAAUGGGUGCUUGUGGCAGUGAAUAUACCUGUAUUUUUCUCCUCUGAUGGUGAGAAAAGUGAACUCUACAGUUCAUUCACUCAUUUAGUCUAUUCUUAUAUGAAUCACUCUAAGACAAUGAUUACUAAGGAUAUCACAAAGAAAGGACAAUCAGGCCCAGCUGAUGCUGUGCUGGGACAGAGAAUACGACUACUAGAAAAGGAGGUCUUUUAUUACUCUAUGGACUGUUUCUCUUUUCUUUGUCUGUUGAUGCUAAUGCAAUGCCCCAGCAUUGCUGUUAGCAAGUGCUGCAGGGCUUAAUAUUUUCUCCUUAGAAAGUAUGUUUCUAUUUUAUAACUGAAGCCUGGAUAAGCCCAGACCAUGCUUUGAAAGACAUUUUAAGCCCUCUAUAUUUCAAUUUUGGGUGUUCAACUUCAAACAGAACUCUGGAUUUAGAUAGAUAUGAUCUUGCAUUCUCUAUUAGACAAAUUCUAGAAGUCUAAAGAGAUAUAAUGGAAAUGAUCAGUUGGAAAAGGUUCAUACUAGAUGGACAAAUAUUGUUUGUGCUGCUUUCAAAAGCAUUACAAAGCACAAAAAAGCUUUCACUCGUCAAUAAUACUGCAAUUCGACAAGAGUAGAUUCUUCUUAAAGCAUCCCGGGGUUAAGAGCAGGGGACCUGUACAUUGUGGUUUUGUUGAGAUAAAAAGAGUUCUUGCUGACAAGAUUUUCAAAGGGUUUCUGUCAAAGAACAAUGAGGCUGUAAUUGUUAGUGUUAUUAUUUUAGUAUGAGCUAAGAAGUUCUGCAGUCUGAAAUCUGAACAGAUGUCUGAGUACUACAAAUACCUUAAUACUGAUGACUGUUAGAGUUGGUGUUCUUACCAGUUUGGCAAUUUAAAGGGAACUAAGGUAAGUAUUACAUGUGCAAGCUUUGAAACAAAAUUGGAACAGGCAUAUGAUUUUAAGCACAUAACUACUCUCUCUGAAGUUAUCAGAAACAUUUUCAUGAUUAAAUGAAGCAUGUGGUAUAUAUUCCAUCCUUUCUUGCAUUGGAAUCAGUUUGUAGAACAAAUACUUUGGUCUUUUUAAUCAAAGUUACAGAGUUAAAGUAAAUAUUCUCGGUUGUAGAUUAAUUCAUAUCUAGUCAUGCUCUAAGUACUUCAGGACUUCCUGCUCAGAAAAAUUGCAAAGCAAAUUGCCCUGGGUUGAAUUUGUCUGUUGAGACUAUAUAGAGGGCAUGCAGAGAUCAGAAAUUACUUUUUUGGCUCAUGAGUUCAACACUGUUUUAAUCUGACAGAGAUCUUCCCUACAGCAAGUCCCCAAAACUGUAAACCAGCUCUGAAUAUAUAGCAUGAGACCGUUUUCUUUGCAGCUUGUCUACUUUGCAGAGAAAAUAUUAGUGUGUAUUAACAGAUGAGCACAUUUUUGCAUAGAGAGUGAUUAUUUUGAUCAUGUAAGACUUGAUCGCUUACAGUUUGCAACUUUGAAGGUCUAAACUCUUGGCAUGUGGAUUUAAAUGCUAAACUAAGCACCUAGACACAGGAUUUUAUGGAGUCAUGUGCCCCCUGUGGCACGCCAGAGGGAAAAGAAAUAAUUUUAAAGCCUAACUAGAAGUUUAAAAUUAGACAGGACACAUUUAAUCUUUCAAACUUUUGUCUCAUAAAGAAUGUAAAAUCAGACUUACAUAUAUCCAAAGCUCUGUUUUGAAAUGGAAUAUGCUACAUUGAAAUAGAGCAAUUGAAUGGAGCAAUAGAGAGGAGUUUAACCCCCCCUCUUUUUUUUUUUGGCAUUGUAAGGAGAACAAAAUCAAACAGCCUAGUUAUCCUUACAGCCAUCUCUGGUAUUUUAGUUAUAUGCUAGGGACAUUUCACUCAAGUUUCUAUUGUAAUUCUGGUGUGAAACCUCAGUAGCAAACCAGACACAAUUUCUCUCUACUGGAUGGUACUCCGUUUAUCAUUUCAAACACGUCAGCAUCUGGUUCAAUACAUAGCUGACCAUAGUCAGUACUUUCAGAAGAGUGGACAUCCUUUUGAUUAAGCAAAACAAAUUUUAUGCUACCUUCAAUUAUUGGAUCAACCAAAUAUGUCCUAUACACAUGCAAAUUUAUACUGCAGCUACUUGGAGAGCCAAAUGAAAUUUAACAAGCUUACCUCUGACUCUUUCACAGAAAGAGUUGAGUAAGCAGAGACAUCAGGUAUUCUCUGUGACAUGAUUAACAGAUCCUGGAGCAAAACCACCACUGAUAAAACACAAGAGUUUACAAACCCUUUGAUGUAUGAGAUACUGAAAGCAACAAGAGAUUUGAGAACUAAUUCUGAACCAUAUUAAAGUUCCAUAGCAGAGACAUACACAGAGCAGAAGGAAAUAACUGAGCUGUACAUGAACAUCAUCAGAGGUGACUCUGUGAUCUAAUGCUACACAGCUAACUCAUCUAGCUAGCCAGCUCACAUAGUGAUGUCCACAAUAUAGGAUGAGAAACAACAAAACUCAGCUACAUCUUUUAUGCCAACUCUGCAGCACCUAGGCAUAGGCAACAGUGGGGGCCUGUCUAGUGAUAAUGGCUGAUCUUUUCCAGCUGUCUCUACAUAGGAGCUGAAGUCAGCCCCGAGUAACUUUCCAUUCUUAGCCUAGAAAACCUGAUCCAAGCCUUCAGUCUACAGGCCUAAGAGAUAAGGCGUGCUGUUUUAUCUCAAAGCAUUGCAAGAUACCUGCUCAACCAGAAGAUCUUUUACACUAAUUCCAGAAAAUGAGAACAGUUGAAGGAUCAUUGCAUUUUAAGUAAACAGACUUGUAUUCUGGAAGGUAAGCACAGACAUGAAAGUUUUUGAGGCAAUUCUGCUGACAUAGACUCUUUUCCCCGACUCAAACAGAAAUAACAGCAUCCACAGAGUCAGGGACAGAUUCUUUCCUAAGCACUAAUUGAUGGAACAAUGAUAGUAAAAGGAAAUAAUAGUAUUAUAGAACAAUAGAAAAGACUGAAGUACAAUUUCUUGAAGAACAAACUUCUGCAACACCUGAUCUAUAAAUGCAGUUCUGUGGAACACUUCCCCAUCAGACAGAAAUUACAGAAUUCCUAGCUUCAGGGAGCUAUAGUUUUAGUUUCCUUAAGUGAAAGAUGCAGUAAGAAAGCUAUUAUUGGAUUAUAUAAAGUAGUCCUGUCUUUUUUGUCCCCCUUUCCAUAAAGGCAUUUCUGUUUCAUCAUAAUUAGUGCUUUCAUACGAAUCAUAUGAUAAAUGAUUAUAUUUUUAUUUAGCAAGCAAGUAAAUCUGACAAUGAUAAAUAAAGAACAUCUGCCAAGGAAAAUGUCCAUAACCCACAAAUUGUUCAUCCAUUCAUUAAAAAAGGGCACAAUAGUAAAACUGUUCUUGCAAUCAAAGAGCUUGCUGAAUUCCCAGUUUAAAUUACAAAUCAGCUUCUCUCACCCUUAAUUAGAGUCACACCACUCAUUCUGAUUUGUCAUUACUUCUGUAUUCAAAAUACUAGUUAUUUUAUUACUGGUACUUUACGGUCCUCUGGAGAGACCACUAACCACUAGAGAUACAUAGGGAAAUGUUUUCCUGUCAUAUAAGCAUUUUACAUUUGAAGUCUCCUCUUCCAAAUUCAGACAGAGUACAAAUAUUUUAAGUUUUCAAGCAAGAGUAACCUCCAAACCAUCAGUUUGGUUAAGCUGAAACAUUUUGUUUGGAUACAAUUGAUGAGAAAUGUUUCAAAGUUGAUAUUCAUAUUUUCAAGCUUUAAAAAUAUAAAUAAAAUACUAGAAGUGAAAAUAAUUUCAAACCAAGAAAUAGCAUCUAAAUGCCAAUAUAGAAAGCUUUGGUGAUUUUACAACUUAAAAAUUUAUACUGUGAAUUUUGUCAAAACAGGUAUUUUUCCACAAGUUUCAGCUUAGGGAACAGUUUGGUUAAAAAAAUUGACAAUUCCUAAUAAUCAAACGUUCUUUUGAAAAAGUCUUUCUAGCUUCAGAGGCUGUCAGUCUAUUCUGCACAUAGCUAUACUGAAGUCAACAGGAAUAAAUCAUUGAGUAAAAUUGCAAGAUCAAGCCUCUGAAUUGUAUGAAUCAUUUAGUCUUAUGGAAUACCAGGAACUGCAGGACACCAUUUCUAGUUGUUAACUGCAUGCACAAUAAAUGUGUUUGUCAAGCCCAAGAUUAAGAAACUGGGAACCAAAAGUUCAUUGAAACAGUUUCAGAAAACUAAAACAUUUCAAAGAAAUGACGUAAAAAUUAAUGUAAUGUGAAUAAUCCAUGCAAUAAACAUGUAAUCAAUAUAAUUUUAAUAAGUUAAAUAGAAAAAAGAAUGUAAUGCAGAUUAUUUUUUUUAAGAUUUAAGAAGUUAAGAUAACACUAAUAGACAGACAGGUGAUUAGGGAUAAACCUUUCCCAAGUAUCAGGUGUGAAGUUGUAUGCAAUGAAAAGGUAUCAUUGCAUGUGCAGAUGGGAAGUUCGGGGUAAAUUAAUUCAAUGCCAGAGGAAGAUUACAGAGCAGAGGCAUUCAUUUGUUAUCAAUCACUAAUAAAAGGCUGUAUUACUGCAA